AUGCCGCUUGCUUCUCCCCUGCUGUUGUCAGACCGCACCGCCUCCUCGCAGGGCCGCGCUCGCCCAGACUCGGCCCCCUCACCCAGCUACUGGGGAAGGUUUCCAGGCGGCAGCGGCGAGCGUCAGUUUCUCACCGCACUGCGCCAGUUCUACAGGUGCAGACACGAGAGCGGCGGCCGGUGCUCCCCGCCUACAGUUGCCGCCGCCCCCGCCGCCAGCAUGACGAUGGACCUGAACGUGUCGUCGCGGGCGCCGCUGUGCUCGCCGCCGCUGGCGCUGGACAAGGCGUCGGCGUCGGCGUCGUCGCCGCCCGUGUCCGCGCCCUCGCCCGUGUCGUCUUCCGCCCCCGGCAAGCGCAGCUUCGACGUCGCCUUCCUGGUGGGGCCCGACGAGCGGCUGGAGGCGGCGCGCAGCGGCAAGCAGGCGCGGGCGGCGGAAGCCCACCCCCAGCCCCACCCCCAGGGGCAGCCGCACGGCCAGCUGCGGGUGGUGACGCUCUACUACCACUCCGAGGACUACAUCCGCAGCGCCUUCACCAAGGUGGUGACGAGCAGCGGCGGCCGCGAUCCGCUGCCCCUGCCGCUGUCGCUGUCGCCCGCCUCCUCGCUCUCGCUGUCUCCGGACCCGCCGCCGGUGGCCGCCCCCACCGCCGCGGCGCCCUACCACAGCCCCGGGCCCGGCCACGCCGCCUCCGCCUCCGCCGCGCCCGAGUCGCCGCCCCCGCCGCCCAAGCUGGGCCCGCUGCCGCUGGCGCUGCCGCUGCCGCCGCUGCUGCCGCCCUCGGUGGCCGUCUCCUCCGCCUCCGCCGCCCUCAAGCCACCGCCCCCGUCUGCAGCGGGCGCCUCCUUCCUGCAGCCACCGCACUCCAGGCACCACGACGUCACCAACGGCGGUUCCGGCGUCACCGUACACGCCAAGGUGGCCGCCGCGGCGCUGCUGCCGCCGUCGCUGGCGGCGCUGUCGCUGCCGGCGCAGAACGUGUGCGCCAAGUGCAACGUGAGCUUCCGCAUGACGUCGGACCUGGUGUACCACAUGCGGUCGCACCACAAGGGCGAGUCGCAGGCCGAGGCGCUGCGGCGGCGGCGCGACCAGGACAAGCUGCGCUGCCCCGUCUGCGCAGAGACGUUCCGCGAGCGCCACCACCUCACGCGCCACAUGACGGCGCACCAGGACAAGGAGGGCGACCUCGUCGACGACAAGUGACCCGCGCCCAGGUCCGGCCGCCGCCGACGACACGACGACCACGCCGACCCCUACCUGCGCUUCGACUGACGCGGCUGCCCGCCGGCCUCCGUCUGGCCAGGCAACGCCUCGCACCCUUGUCUGGAGACCGUUCC